AUGUGCGCAUAUCCCGCUAAUUCCCAACCGCGGAACGACAAACUCCUCGUCGACAUCAUCGAUGGUGUGGCACAGACGAAUCCCGAUGCUACAUGGCUUGAAUAUCCGGCGUCGGCGAGCGACUAUGCAGCUGGUUUCAACGCCAUCACAUAUCGCGCGUUGGCAAACGCCACAAAUGGCUUGGCCUGGCAUCUUCACCGAAACAUCAGCCCUGGCACAGAGUUCCAAACCCUGGCAUACAUUGGCCCGAACGAUGCGCGGUACGCGAUAAUUCUGUAUGCUUGUAUCAAAGCGGGUUUCAAGGUCUUGUUCUCGUCACCAAAAAAUAGUAUAUUCGCGCAUGUCAACUUGUUUUCUGCUCUCAAUUGCUCGACAUUGCUCACCACCGAUCCCAUGCCAACCGCGGUUGAGUCCCUUCUAUCCCACCAUUCUAUGAAAGUUGUGUGCCUUCCAAGUUUGGAACAGCUGCUGGAGAAAUUUUCCGAGCCCUUUCCAUACAGCAAAACCUUUGCUGAAGCGCGGAAUGAUCCCUUUGUGGUAUUGCAUACGUCCGGCUCUACUGGUAACCCCAAGCCAAUCGUCUAUACCCAUGAGUUUGUUACCCGCAACGUCAAUGCUUUUCAACUCCCUACCCCCCCGGGGUUCAUAUCUGUAAGCCAGCUGGUGGCUGGCAGCCGUUUUGUUUGCUUGCUGCCUCUGUUCCACAUGGCUGGUUUUUUCUUCACAUCUGUCGUCUCGCAUUUUGAUCGAAGCACCGUCAUCCUCCCUUCACCUAGUGCUCCUCCAACAAGCGAUACGCUGCAUGGCGUGCUCCAGCAUACUACGGCAGCUUGGGCUGCUGUGUCACCAUCUACUGUGGAAAGCCUUGGGCGGAAUCCGGACUUGCUGCAGGUCAUCUCAGAAAAACUCUCGAGAAUUGCGUUUCUUGGCGGCAAUCCCUCCCUGGCCAUGGGCAACGAGGUUUCACGGAAGCUCAAUAUUUGCAACUUGAUUGGUUCCAGUGAAUGUGGAGGAUUUGCACAGCUGAUCCCGGAGGACCACAACGGUCAGAUGGAGCUUUGGUCAUACGUUCACAUUCACCCACAGACUGGCCCUGUCUAUCAAGAGUAUUCCCCUGGCCUGUGUGAGCUUACAAUCAGACGUGAUCUUCCAUGCGAGCCAUAUCAGCCGCUGUUCACGCAGCUUCACUCGACUGAGGAAUUUCGAACAAGCGACCUGUUUACUGCUCAUCCCACGAUCCCCGGCUUUUGGCGGCACACCGGAAGGGUUGAUGACAUUAUUGUCUUCCUGAAUGGGGAAAAGACAAAUCCAAUUAGUUUCGAAUCCCACGUGGUUGGCCAUCCAGACGUCGCGGGAGCCCUAGUAUUUGGCACCAACCGCAUGGAAGCUGGCCUUUUGAUAGAGUUCACCGCGACCGAAAAGAACAAAUUGCUGCUGCAGAAGAAAAGAGAGGCAAUUGGCAUGAUUUGGCCUAGAAUAGAAGAGGCCAAUUCGCUUGCCCCGGCUCACGCGCGCAUCGAUGACACACUUAUCUGCAUUGUCUCACCGGAGAGGCCGAUGAUAAGAACUCCCAAAGGCACCAUCAAACGUCAAGAAACCCUUCGUUCGUACGACCAAGAGAUAGACGAGGUUUAUAAAGAAGCUGAGGCAGCAAACAGUCUGCCUACGGACCUAGUCAUCGACACGAGUGACAUUCACCAGCUCCAGGAGGUGAUACGCUUUGUCUUCAAAAACGUCAUGAAGCGCGAUGCUCCCUCGGAUGAGAUAGACUUUUUCAGCAUCGGGAUGGACUCAUUGCAAGUCAUUCGCAUGGUUCGACAGCUUCGCGGCGCCAUCCGGAAUCCGGGAAUCGAGCCUGCGGUGGUGUACAGAAAUGCGUCUGUUCACGCAUUGGCCGAGGAACUCAUUGACAACGCUGUCACGGCCAAGGAGGACAGCGUCGCUAAGAACUUGAAGAAAAGACAAGAAAUACUAAAGCAAGUUCUGCAAGAGUACAAGGAUAAGAUUGGAGAGUUGGCUUCGACAGCAACGAAAGAUCCCGUUCGCAGCUUGUCAAGCACGCGUCAGCAUAGCACAAUUCUCCUCACUGGUACGACCGGCUAUGUUGGAUCCUACGUCCUAGAUCAGCUCUUGAAACACCCUUCGUCACCGAAGAUUCUCUGCAUGAAUCGAUCCACGAAUGCAUUGGAAGUCCAGAUAGCUCGCAAUAAGCGGCGAAACAAGGCCUUAACCACAAAAUUCCCCCCUGAGCGUGUCAAGUUUCUGGCUGCUGACUUUGCGGCGGACAAAACCUGGGGUCUUCCGGACGAAACCUUUCGAGAGCUGCUGCGAGAGGUAACGCUGGUCAUUCAUAAUGCUUGGCCGGUUGACUUCAAUAUUCCUCUGUCGGCGUUCAGGCCUUCGCUUGAUGGUGUUGUCAACAUUGUGCAGUUUUGCAAAGCGGCGAAGCAUUCGCCACCACUAGUCUUUGUGUCGUCUAUCAGCGCUGUCAUGGACCUGCAGUCCCAGGUCAUACCCGAAACACUCAUUGAGAGCCUGGAGGUCCCAGCAUCGUGCUAUGGAGAGAGCAAGUUUGUCGCCGAACAUGUCUUAUUCGAAGCAUCUCAGCGACUUGGUGUCAAAGCAGGCGUGGUUCGUGUUGGUCAGGUGUCGGGUGCAGCCUAUUCCCCAGGAUUGUGGAAUAGUCGCGACUGGCUUCCGCGCUUGGUACUCAGCUCAAGAUACCUGGAGGCUAUUCCGAACCAUCUUGGAGCUAACCACAAUAUCGAUUGGAUCCCGAUAGACAUAUUGGCCAAUGUCGUGAUAGAUAUCUCGAUGAACCUCCUGCCUAGUGUCGUCCACGCGCUUGAGGGGCACAGCUCAGCAUCAAGCAGUUCGAAGAUUACUCCUGUCACCCCUGCUGAGUGGGUUGAGCGAUUGCGCAACAGCGCCGCCCGCUUGGAAGACCAUGAUGAGGAUAUCGACAGUCACAACCCAGCGCUGAAGCUUCUCGACUUUUUCGAGCAAGCUCUUGAGAACGGGGUAGUCGAUAGGCCAGUCUGGAGCACAGAAGCCGCUGUCAAGAUGAGUGACUCUCUGCGCGGGACGGAGUGCAUACAGCCAGAAUGGAUGGAGCGGUGGGCCAGGAGCUUGUUAUAA